GCAUUGUUAUGAUUGGGUUCAUCGCUCCUCUCUAUAGCAUCUAUCUAUCUAACUAUCAUUUCUAACAAUCACUAUCUAUCCAUCAUUACUUUAGCUUAGAUGUCAUUUUGUUUUUCCCUGACGUUUGUAUUUGGGGAAAGGCCUAGUAGCAUGUGUUUCUCCUGCGAGGUGGUUUCUUCUUUUGCAUGCUUUUUGCGAAUGUCGUCGUGGUUCCAGACAACCAAUGUCGUGGUUCCAGACAACUUGGCGUGUAGGUCCCAGGAAUCCGGGUCAGUCCGGACAAGUUGGGCUCUGCAUUCGCCUGUAUUUACUGUGUGACUGCACACCAGCGGCCUGGGAAAUUUUGAGAGCCAGCCAACAUAACCCUUAAGAUGUCUAACGUUAGGCUCUGGCGGAUCCGUAAUACCAUGUAGCUAAAUUGCUGAAAACAACAAAGGGUUCCCCAUUUACACAGAAAUAUAUUUAACCUACUAAACACCAAAUAGACUUAACAUCACCCAUUUUCAUCACAUCACAACAUAUUUAGCGAUUAGGGCUAAUUAAGUGAUCGGUGUUCUGAGUUUUUUGUUGCUAUAGUAAGCAUUGUACCACUACCGUGCCACGCCGGAUGCUAUGCGUGAUAGAAGAAAUAAUGUCCGUUUUAUCCUGUCUACUGAAUCGACAAAAAUGAUUAAGGAUAGUAUGGGCUAUUUCCAUUGCGAUUCGUAUACAGGCGUAAUCUGAUUGUGCUUCACAAACGGAGUCAAUAGAUAGCUGGGUUUAGGUCAGACAUAUCCCACCCAUGCGCACAUAGACGAACUCGUCUCGCCCUCCUUUCAGUUCAUAAACAAAAGUGAUCCUAGUUGCGCGCCAUUUGCGUCACUAGCUAUCACGCUUUCGUUGUUACGAACUCACGGAAGCAUAGCAAUACAUUUAUUACAAUAUCAUGAAUAUCAUAUAUUUGUAUCCACUUAUUUUUGAGAUAUUCGUGUCAGGGAAGCUUGCUUUGUGGUCGGUUGCAUAAUAGACAGUCUAACGUUAAGGCAAUUUCGCCAUUGUUUCCUACUGGGGGUGGGCAAAGUGGAGUUACCCCUUGCUGUAAAACACGUGGUUGUCCGGUGUUUUUUUCUAUCAAGGGCCAGCUAGCCCUACAAUAAAUCAAUUGAAGAGUGGAACCGUAUGCAUAUACCGUCAGCUGCUUAUGUUACAUAAUAGACUACCGGUGGAGGAGAGCAGCAUGAACAAAACGCCCCCCAACAGACGAGGCAUCACCUUUGAGGUGGGAGCUCAGCUGGAGGCUAGAGACAGCCUAAAGAACUGGUACUCUGCUAGCAUUGAGAAGAUUGACUAUGAUGAUGAGAAGGUGCUGAUUCACUACCGGCAGUGGAGCCACCGCUAUGACGAGUGGUUCGAGUGGGCCAGCCCGUACCUGCGGCCUGUGGAGCGCAUCCAGCUGAGGCGGGAAGGACUGCAGGACGAAGGCCCCACCCCUGGGAGAGCCAAACCCAAUCAGCUUCCCUCCUCUCAUACCGUAUGUUUAGAGGGCUUUCGUGUGAAUGACAAAGUGUUGGCCAGUUGGUCAGAUUGUCGCUUCUACCCUGCAACUGUCUUGGCUGUCAACAAAGAUGCAUCCUACACUGUAAGAUUUUAUGACAACGUUGUACAGACAGUGAAAGGAAUCCACGUCAAGCCCUUCAUCCCAACAGGUAGAUACAAGGGCAAACCACGGGUGAUGGACAGAAACCGAGAGAGGUCAGUAGAUGGAAAGACCCAGAACGGGAGGGAGAGGAAGCCACCUGAGAACAGGGCCCCGAAGGGGAAGAAGAACAGACCCAGCUCAUCUGAUCAGGAUGGAGAAAGCAAUACAGACGAGGAGGAGGACGAGGAGCAGCAGCAGCAGGAAGGACCCCGCGCACACUGGCACCAAGAAGAGCGGGAAGAAGACAUGUGCGUUGGGGAAGAGCUCUCCGCCAUAGCUCUGAGGGACGAGGAGAAGCCACAGAUGGAGAAGGAGAGCAGUGAGGGCAAAACUGGCUUAACCAUUGGGAAUGAAGACGUGAAGAUCAACAGAGAGACGGAGCAGGAGGUGCCAGACCAGAGGAUCGGCACGGCUGAGGCGUCCAGUCUUGGAGGAGACAUUAGAGAUGGAGGAAUGGAGCAGAAGGAAGAGGGUCACCACAAGAAGACAAGAGAACAAGGGACGGAAGAAUCAUGGUCAGGAAAGGAGGAUGGGAAUGUGUCAGUGCUUAGGAAGAGGAGAGUGUCCGUGGAACAAGCUUCCCCCUCGAAAAAAAGCAAAGUUGACAACCAUUCAGAACAUGGUCUACACAAUGGAACUACUCUCUAUACUGAGACGUCCAAUCAAAAUAUAUCAGCACCAGUGUCGACGUCAACCAUAGUGGCCUCAGCUCAGCCGUCCAAUGACACAGAGGUCCAGAAGGCUGAGGGCCAGUCAGAAGUUGCCACACCACCUGUGACAGCCCAUGUGGACCCGCCUGUUAAACCUAUAAGGAAGCAGGGCUUCCACAAUCCCAACAGAUUCAGCAGAGAGCCAUUGUACAGGGUGGUGAAGAACCAGCCGCCCCCUGUUCUCUCCAUCAACCUGGACCACAACGCCUUUAAGUGCAGCGCGCCGGGCUGCACCAAGUCCUUCCGGAAGGCCAAGCUGCUGCACUACCACAUGAAGUACUACCACGGCGAGGAGAAGCCCCUGGAGGGCGAGCUCAGCCCCAGCACCGGGGGCCCCAAGCCGGCCGGGGAGAAGCAGGUGGCGCCCGCCCCGCGGGACAGCCCCAAGAGGCGGCGCACCAUCUCUGCAUCAAUGCACUCCUGUCAGCACAGUCCCAGUCGGCCCCCCACAUCUCCCAGAUCAGAGGCCAAGGCCGGGGUGCUGCUGGGGGAGAAGAGACGCACAUCAGCGCCCCCUACGGUGGACAUUCAGCUCCAGCUGCUGCAGCAGCAGCAUCAUCAGAGGCCCUCACUGAAGGAGAAGAGCAAGGAGAACCAGCUGGAGAGGAAUGCCCACACCAACUUGGACAGGGACAGGAGCCCUAUAGACAUUGUAUGCCUUAAGGAUCGAGAGAAGACGAAAGACAAGAAACCCAAGGAUUUCCUCCGCAUUAAACUAAAGAAGAAGAAAAAGAAGAAGUCAAAGUCUGAAUACAGAGGUAGUGAGGAGAAUAUUGACAUCUCAGUAUUCCAGCAUCAGUUCUCCAAAUUGGGUUUGCCCCACAAAUUCCCCCCCUCACUCAAUCACAAGCCUGAGGCCUACGCCAGCAGGCCCGGACACUUCCACACACAGCCACGUCAUGUAGAUGAUGAGGACUACGCAACCGAUUGGUCCACGGACAGCUGCGGGUGGAGCGAGGAAGAGGUGGAGGCGCAUUGUGGCGUCACAGACCCUUUCCUGAGUGACGACUCUACGGUAACAGGAACACGAGGCUCGGAGAUCGUGCGCUGCGUGUGUGAGGCGGAGGAGGACAAUGAUUUCAUGAUCCAGUGUGAGGAGUGUAUGUGCUGGCAGCAUGGCACCUGCAUGGGCCUCCUGGAGGACAACGUCCCAGAGAAAUACACCUGCUAUAUCUGCAGAGACCCACCAGGCCAGAGGCAGAGCCUGCGGUACUGGUAUGACCGCGAGUGGCUGAGCAGUGGCCACAUGUACGGCCUCUCCUUCUUGAAGGAGAACUACUCGCACCAGAACGCCCGCAAGAUCACCGCCACACACCAGCUCCUGGGAGAUGUGCAGCAGGUGUUGGAGGUGCUCAACGGUCUGCAACUCAAGAUCAGCGUCCUACAGAAUCAGACCCACCCGGACCUCCAUCUGUGGUGCCAGCCGUGGCGGCCAGCAGACAAGCCCAUCAAGAAGGAGGAGCUUGGCUCAGACGAGGGUUUGGGCAGCCUCGCUAACGGAGGCCGGGGGAAAGAUGCGCAGCACCGAGCUCAGUCGACCUCGUCUUCGUCGUCCAUGUCAUCGUCAGCCUCGUCGUCAUCUUCGUCGCCGCUCCCCUCGCCAUUCCAGGACGCCUUCAUCUCGUACAUCAGCAGCGAGCAUUGCUACCAGAAGCCGCGGGCACUGGUGGUGGAGAAGAGAGGCGGCUCCUACAUGGAUGGGGAUCUGCACGCCUGUGACCCACAGAGACCCAGCGCCAAGCAGUAUGCAGACCAGGAAUCUGAUUACAUGCGGUGGAGUCCUGAGGUGAAGGUGAAAAAAGAGGAAGAGGAAGAGGAGGAGUACCCCAGCGUCCGCAGCACCACAGCCACCACCACCACCACCACCACCACUAGCCGCAGCAGCAGCGCCCAACAGCAGCAGUGGCAGGCCAACCUGCUGGACCACAUUGAGUCUGUGCAGGAUGAGGUGUGCCACCGUAUGGACUUCAUCGAGAGGGAACUGGACGUGCUGGAGAGCUGUCUGGACUACACGGGUGAGCUGGAGCCCCCGGAACCUCUGACACGUCUCCCUCAGCUCAAGCACCGCAUCAAAGAACUGCUCUCUGAGCUGGGCAAGGUGCAGCAGAUCGCCCUCUCCUGCACAGCCUGAGGGCGCUAGAGAGCAGCACUGCCCAACAGCCCGCCAGGGCGCACCAAAGAGGAAACCCAGGAAGAACUGAAAUUUAAAAAAAGGAAAAAAAAAAGUAACAUUUGAUUUAAGACGUUAAAUACGACCAUAGUCCAAUCUCAUCUUUUACUGUUCCUUUACCUAUGAGUCACUGAUUGUAAAACAGCAUGGACUGGUGGUGAAAGCCAUGCCAAAGUCUACCCCAGUGUUGGUAGUAUAGAGCUCAUGGUAGAAUGGGGUGGUUUUCGUUGGGUAUUAAGUGUUCCCUGGGCUCUCUGAUGUGCUGUAAUGAUGAGGAACUGCCAGAAUGUUUGCCCCACCUACUACAAAUUUGACAUUCUUCCCUCAUAUCCUCAAGAAUGUGUUCAGAACUGCACCUUAAUUGUGAAGAAAGAUCAUUUUGCAGUGCUCGCUGACUUCUUUUGAAGUCUCUUCUAAAAAUAUAUAUUUGAGCACUUAUACCUAUUUGCAGAUGAUUGACAUGAGCCAAGUCUGAACUUUGGAGUUGACUGAGCUUUAACAGAACCCAUCUUGGGUCAUCUUCAGAUGCGUUACAUUCACAGAAAUUCCAUCUCGGUUGCAUUACUAAUUUAUUGUAACUAAUCACGUUUGUGUGAUCACCUCACCAACUGUUCAUCUUUAUGUAGAUGACUUUGGGGUGGUGAAAUCAGCCAUGUUCAGAUUGAAGGUAGUAUCUGCAAAAUUUGUCUCCUUGACCGGAUCUUCCGUUUCUUUUCUUUUCCUUUCUUUAAAAAAAAAAAACCUGCGUUGGAAGCACUCGACAGAACUCUACCUGUUGGUGAUUGUGUUUUUUUCUGUUUGUUGUAUCUGUUGUCCAUUUCCAUUUCUCUUUUUUUGUCCUUUUGUAAAUAAUUUGGAAAGAAUUGUAUUUGUUCACUUUAUUUAUUGCUCUACCAAUGCAAAUGGAUCGAAUCCUUGACGUUUAGUGUGCAGAAUACCUGAAUACCUGUUCACUGCAAAGGUGUAAGUGAAGACCCUACUCUAUGGAUUCGGCUCUGAAAUUACCUAUUGUCUAUGAAACUAUUUGUCAAUGAAAACUGAAAGUAGAGUUCUACUUCUGCCAGGACCUCCCCGAGGGGCAAUUCAGAUGCCUUGUGUUGACUUGUUUAAUGACUUCAUUUCCUGUAAGGAAUCAAGCUUAAACACAGGCCUUAUUCCGUGAAACAACUAAAUGAAUUAAAUCUGUGAUUCUGCAGAUCUUCAGUCUGUAAAGCCUCUUUUUCAGAGGAAGGGAAUGCAGGUUCCAUGUAAUCUUUCAUUAAUUGGUCGGACUAAAAAUGUUUUGCGGCUCUUGUUAGGCAAACUACAGUGGAGCUUGUGAAUAAAUUCAAACUUCUAAUCUGGA